GUGGGUCGGUGGGACCAGUGUAGAUGGAGCAUCUUAGUCGGCAUGGAUGAGUUAGAUCGAUCAGACUUGACUGGCUUUCACAAAGAAGAGAUUGUCAGAGAGAUCGCUUCCCUUCACCCUGCUCUGGUUGCAAGUAAUGGAUGGCAGGAGGGGGUGGCACUGAUGCACAGGUGGAAGUAAUCAGAAAAGACUGCAAUGUUUUACAAAAUUUGCCAAGCUAAAAUUGUUACAUUAAGUCUCAAUUUAAACUCUUUUCUGACUAUACAACCUGUUCAUUGCUCUAUGGCUGUAGAAAAUGUUGUUGAGACAAUUUAACAAUAUUAGCCAGAAAAAUCCUGUAAAACAUGCAGUCUUUUAUGAUUUCUUCCAUCUGUGCAUCAGUGCCAUGUUUCUCCUGCCAUCCAUUACUUGCUGACCGGAGAAGGGAAGGGAACUCUGACAGCCUCCUCUGCUACGAGAGGACGAGUUUUACCUGCGAGAUGAGAUAGCCAUUUGAACUAUGAUGUCAAGUAUCUGAAGAAGGCUAAGCAUGCCCAGUGCUUAAAGGAACAUGAGUGAUGUACAGUGAAACAUGGAGUAAUAUUCUGAGCGAGGUGUUGCUCUGCCGAAUGGUACAAGCACCAAAAUGACACCACCAACAGGCAGUGCAGGCACAGCUGCCAAUGGCACCGAAACAAACAUUGAUGCUUCUCAGGACACAUUUCAUAUUAAGGUCCAACUUCCAGGAAGUGACAUCAUCGACCUUCAAUUACCUCCGCAGGAGAUGGUCCAAGAGAUUGCCCGUGUUCUGAUGGAACGUGAGGACACAUGCCAUCGAACCUGCUUCUCAAUUCAGCAUGAUGGUAAUAUUCUGGAUAACUUUGCAGAGUUGGCAAGUAUAGAAGGAUUGAAGGAUGGAUCAGUUUUUCGAGUGGUUGAAGAACCGUACACCAUCCGCGAAGCUCGACUUCACAUCCGGCACAUCCAGGAUCUGUUGAAGAGUCUGGACUUGGGAGACGCCUAUAAUGGCAUUGAGUGUAACUCGCUUUCUUUCUUGAGUAGUUUUUCCGAAGGGGAUAUUGGAGAAACAUCUACGUCUGGAAAGAGGAAGAGACGUUCUGUUUCUGAUCAACCACUCGACACUGUUGAAUGUUCCCCACCAGAAUGCAUAUUGCCAGGUGCCAAAGAUCGGCCUCUGUCACUUCUACAGCCGAUGACCAUGGAUAACAAGCAUCUGCAGUGUCUGAAGUCUCUGAUGAUGAAUGGGUGGAAUCCUCCGCCUGGGAACCGUAAAAUGCGAGGAGAUCUAAUGUACCUUAACGUCAUUACUAUGGAGGAUCGUCACAUCAGCAUCACUGCAUCCACACGAGGAUUCUUUAUCAACCAAUCAACGGCGGUUGAGUUCAAUCCAAAACCCGACAACCCCAACAACCCCAACCUACUGUGCCAUUCACUGGUGGAUCUUCUCAAUCAAAUUAGUCCAAUAUUCAAGAAGAACUUUGCAGCCUUGCAGAAGAAGAGGACAAACAGUCACCCAUUUACAAGGCUCGCCACUCCGCUGCAGACCUACAGCUGGAUCAUCCCACACAAGCCACACACAAUCGACUUUGUGAGGGCAGAGAACGUGUACACCUCUCCAAUUUGUCAUGAAGAGCAUAUCUCCGGGCAGAUUCGAGACUGGAACGAGGAGCUGCAGAUUACACGGGAAAUGCCAAGUCAGAACCCAAUGCAGCAACUGAUGAAGGAACAAACAAUCUUCAAGGUGAGCAGUGAUUUUGUGGCAGCCGCUAUCUCUGGUGCGAUGGCUGUGGUUGAUGGGAGCAUCAUAGCCAUCAAUCCAGGAGAAUACAUCAAGAUGCAGAUGUUUGUCUGGAACAACAUUUUCUUCAGCUUUGGCUUUGACAUCCGGGAAAACUUUAAAGAAUCCGGCGGGGACCAUGCAGCCUAUGCAGCGUCGAGCAGUGACUUGAAGGGGAUACAGGCGUACAGUGAUGUGAAUGUGGAAGGUCUGCACCUACUGGGGACUGUUAUAGUAGAUUACCGGGGUUACCGAGUCGUAGCCCAGUCCAUUAUCCCUGGAAUUCUGGAGCAGGAGCAGGAACAGAAUGUGGUUUAUGGAUCGAUUGAUUUUGGGAAAGAUGUAACCUCUCAUCAUGAGUAUGUCGGCCUGCUAAUAAAAACCUCCAAACCCCUUCGGAUUCAGAAGCACAUGAUUCUGAACGAAAUGGACCAACCCAUCAUGUUGUGCUCAUCUGUGGACUGCAAAGGGAUCGUGGGCAACGAUGGGCGACGCUAUUUUCUCGACUUAUUCCGGACAUUCCCCCCAGAUCUGAACUACCUGCCAAUAGCCGGUGAAGAGUUGCACGGGGAAUGUCAAAGAUUGGGAUUCCCCAAAGAAUAUCGCCAUAAACUUUGCAGCGUACGGCCAGAAUUGGUGGAGAAUUUCGUCCAAUACAAGAACAUACAGUUUUCAGAGCUCUUGAAGGAGAAAAUGCGCAGAAGAAAGAGUUUAAUGGAGGAUGGAGAGGGCACAACAGAAACCAAUGAUUAUAUAAGUGAUGCUGAAGUAUUGAAGGCUACAUGUCAGGAGGUGGGCUCCAUCAAUGAAGGCAUCUUUGACAUUCGUUUCAAUCUAAACGUGUAUGCCCCAGAUGUAAGAUUUCCUGAGUGUGAACUGGAGUCUCUAAAAGUCCAGAAGCGACUGAUGAAGGACAUUGCAGACUUUGUUGUGUCUGUGCAGAUUCCCAGCUUUAUCAAAGACUGCGAGGGUCAUGUCCUGAUGCCUGCAGAUGGUGCCACAAUGACGGAUGCUCUGCACAAAUACGGAAUUAACAUCCGAUACAUCGGCAAAAUAACACAGCUGAUAAGCCAGUCAGAAAACAAGCAGUACCUGGAGCAUAUCUCGAGACUGCUAAUUGGUGAAAUCAUCACUCGGGUUGCAAAGCACGUCGUAGUCCUCUACCAACAGAAUGUGGAGAUAUCAGCUCUUUCACUUGCCAUUAGUCACUUUCUGAAUUGCUUCCUGAGCUCCCAUAACAAUGGUGCUGCACAUCUGCUUCCGGGCGAACUGGCAUCACGCAAGAAGAGAAACAAGCGCAAGAUGCGGAUUCCUGAGAAUGACUUGGCUUGGGCCAGCCUGACCCGCACGGAGCUGUGGAAACAGAUCAACAGUGAAGCCUUUGAAAGCUUUGACUACGCUUUGGCUUGUGACGGGGUUGAUCAGGCAGUGGACAAGUUUAACCUGCAGAAGGUCUCACUUCUGCGCGAGUUCUGCUUAAAGGCUGGAAUUCAGAUUCUGCUGCGAGAUUAUAACUUUGACAAUCGCCACAAACCCACGUUCACAGAAGAUGAUAUCCUCAAUACAUUCCCUGUGUUCAAGCACAUCAUUGUGAAGUCGAAGGAUGCGGAGAGAGUUUAUCAGAGAGCACAAAUGAAUAUUCAGAAAGGAAACAUUAAGAACGGUUUUGAGUUAUUGAAAGAAUCUUUAAACCUUUUCAAAAAUGUGUUUGGCCCUUUGCACUUGGAUGUCUGUGCUUGCUUGCACAUGCUUGCACAGUUAAACUACAUCAUUGAUGACAUCCCUGAGGCGAUAAAGAACCAGCAAAAAGCGGUCAUAAUCAGUGAGCGAAUCCUUGGCUUUGAUCAUCCCAACACAAUUCGUGAAUAUGUCAGGCUGGGUCUCUACUGCUUUGCCAACAAUCAGAAUGCGACAGCACUGAGGCUGCUGUACCGUGCCCGGCAACUGAUGCUGACUGUCUGUGGAGAGGACCACCCUGAAGUAGCUGUUCUUGAUAUUAACAUCGGUCUUGUGCUCCAAACUGCACUGGAUUAUGACCUUGCAAUUCGAUUUUUGCAGAAAGGUCUGGAAUUAAACAUCAAAUAUUCUGGACCCCAGGCGCUACAGACUGCCCUUAGUUAUCAUCUCCUGGCCCAAGUCAAUGCCAGCAAGGCUGACUUCCGAGCAGCUAUGCAGCAUGAGAAGCAGGCCUACAUCAUCUACAGGGAUCGGCUUGGGGAGACGCACCUUAAAACGAAAGGAAGUUCUGAGUUCCUGAAGCAUUUUACUCAACAGGCUGUUAACCUCCAGAGAACCAUGAAUGAAAUUUACAAGAAUGGAUCAAAUGCUAAUCUUUCUCCAGUACAGACCACAUCCCAGAGUAAAAAAAUGACGCUGGAUCAGCUUAAUAUAAUCAAUGGAAUUGUUCUCAUGGAAACGAGAAAAUCUGCUUUGGAAAAAGCAACUGAGCAAAUGCGGAACCUAAUUCUGGAAGAAAUCCAUGCAUCACAGAGGUUGACCAAGUCCCUUGUUGGCAAUGGCGUGGAUGACCAGAUACUGGUCAAUGGAAGUGAAGCCUCAAGAGAAAUUGUACAUAAUGCAGAGAAAACCCUGAUCAACGACGAAGCAGAGACUGGUUGUGUGGCAUCAAAGGUUUCUGUGUAACAGUUUCUCAGCUGUCAACAAAAUGAGCGAUCAAACUUUCCAGUUAUUGCCACAAAUUCAAAUACUCUUUUGUAUCACAGCUAGAAGGAGUGAUCACAUAACUGGGUCCCUGUAAAUACUGGCAGCUGGGGUUUGAAGGCUAAUCACAGACUGGAAAUUGGAUCAUGUGACUGUUACAAUUGGAAAACUUUUUCUCUUUAAAUGACUAGAUUUUUAAUAAUUGUUUUAAUAAUCAGAUAGUGGGUUUACUAUUUCUGAACACUGAAUGUAGUUACGAAUUCCAGACUUUUGGACCCAACCUUGCAGUUGGGCAGGACUUUGCCAAAUAAUUGGUAAAAGUAUAAAAUUGUGCUUCAUAGCUGUGAAACAUCAGGACAUUGGGAAAACAGCAGUGCAGAAUAUCCACACUUUUAUAUUCUUCAUCAUAUUAUACAAAUAAUACGUAAGAGAGGGGAGCUGGUAUGUUUAAUAAGUUUGCAGAUGACAAUAAAAUUUGAUGGUAUACUAGAUUGUGAAUGUAGAUCAACUUUGAAAGUGGGCAAAGGGAAUUAAAUUGAAACGUGUGUGAAGUGAUGACAUUUGGGAUGCUAAACGCCCAAAAUGUCCUUUUGUGUAUUAACCAGCCAGCAUCUACAGUUUUUUGUUUCUACGCCCAGUGAAUGGCAAGAUCCUUUGUAGUAUAACUGAACAGUGAGAUCUUGGGAUACUAGUUCCAGCAAAGCAGUGACACAGGUAGACAGUGAAAAGGCAUAUGUCAUGCCUGCACUCAUCGACUGAGGCACUGAGUAUAGGAAUUGGGAUGUUACACAAAAAAGCUGGAGAAACUCAGCGGGUGCAGCAGCAUCUAUGGAGCGAAGGAAAUAGGCAACGUUUCGGCCCGAAACGUUGCCUAUUUCCUUCGCUCGAUAGAUGCUGCUGCACCCGCUGAGUUUCUCCAGCUUUUUUGUGUAACCUUCGAUUCUCCAGCAUCUGCAGUUCCCUCUUAAACAUAGGAAUUGGGAUGUUGUGUUGCAGUUGCAGAAGUCUUGGGUCAGUAUUGACAUAUUUAAUUAUUGUGUGCUGUUCUGGUGGCCACAUUAUAGGAAAGAUGUGAAUAGAGGGGGUGCAGAAAAUAUGGACAGGAAUAUUGCUGGACUGGAGCGUUUGAGUUGUAAGGCGAGGUUGGAUGCUGGGAUUGUUUCCCCUGGAACAAAAAAAAAAAGGCUGAGGUGUGACCUGAGGGGUUUAUAAAAUCAGGGACCCAGAUAAGAUGGGAUGUUCAGUAUUUUUCCAUUGGUAGGAGAAUCUUAAAUCCACAGCACAUGGGAUUAAGGUGAGAGGGGAGAUUUAAAGGAGAAUUUGUCCACACAGAAGUUGGUGGCUACAUGGAAUGAGCUACAGGAGGAAGUAGUCGAGGCAGGUACCACAACAUUUAAACGACAUUGGGACAGGUACAUGGAGAGGAAUGGUUUAGAGGGAUACGAGCCAAACACUGGCAAAUGGAAUUAGCAUAGUUUGGCAUCUUGAUCGGCAUGGAUGAGUUGGUUUGAAGAGCCUUUCUGUGUUGUCAAACCUCACUUUGAUAUCAAAGCAACCAAGUCUUUAACUCCCAUAAACAGUGUGUGGUAUAUUUAUUGAUUCAUUCACAUCAUGUUAAUACAGGGUGCUAAACCAAACUCAUCGAGCAGCUAACAGAUGUGGAGAAUGGCCACAUUCUCCUCGAGGUUAAACACGGAAUUUCCCCCGUUUUUAAUAAAAUAUUUUGAAGUGCGAUUAUGAAAGUUUUCAAUUUUCACAUUAUCGCUGAUAGUUUUUGUAACUCCAGGUGGGAAACGUGCUUCUCCGCUGAUGGACUCUGCAGCAUGAUCACAAUUACCUGUUGCAGAUACAUCCAUCCAACUGUCUAAAUCUUUUGUCUAUUCAAGUUUAGCUUGCCAUUUGCGUUCAUGCGUCCAUAAGUUCAGAAUGAACAUAGACUACUGGCGUCUGGGGAAAAUACAUUAGGUCCAAGGCAGAUGUUUACCAUUUUUAAUUCACCUUUCGUGCUGCUUUAUUCUAGUAUUCAAAUGUGUGCAUCAAAUCAGAAUUGCCAUUUGCAGUUUUAUUCUUGCUUUUAUUCAUGAAUCAUCUGUAAGCAUCGUUAAAUUGUGAGGAAUAUCUUUUUGUUAUGGAAUAAUUUAGUUUUUACAAAUGUUGUAAUACUGUGAUCUGUUAUUUCAGUAAUAAAAAUACAGACAUUAA